GUCCUAACGACUGUAACGCUGCCUACUCGAGCACAAAUUGGCGCAGUAUGGCUAUCGUGGAGGACGUGGCUGAGGACUCAGAUGGCACUCGAGUCAGUCAGGGUGACUCAUUGGUCUCGGAGGACCUGCUCAGCACCCUGCUUGCCUUGUGCGCCAAGUUCAGACUACCUCCAGACAUGGUUCCAGCUUUCAUGCAAGAGGAUCAGCCGCUCCAUGCUUUGAGAGCCUAUCAGAAUGAAGUGCUUGAAGCACUGAGGCGCGCGAGCCCUCUCAUCCGAUCUCCAGCGUUUGAGAGGCUCGACUUAGAUGAGCAGGGACGUGUAGUCGGAGAGAUGUCCAGACUGUAUGGCUCAGAUCCAUGGUGCUCGCCAGGGAUCAUCUCUGAAAUUGAUCAAAUCACGGAGGGUCUUCCCCGGCCCACCCUCGCUGUCCACCUCUUGCAAUCCCUCCGUCCUAUUUUCUCCUCCACGGCUCACCCAAUGAUCAAUCCAUUCACCUCUCGUGCUCUCUCAAGACCAGCAGGCGGUACAGAAGCGAAAUCUGACUUUCACGAUGAGUCUGCUCAGACCUUCAAACUGCCCGAACACUGGGGAUCAUACAAUAUUCUCGGCUGGAGCUGUGAUCAGUUGCCCUCGUCAGAUAUCGAACAGCAUAUAGGUUUAAUUCUCCCUCCAACGCUUGUCCUCAUGGACGAUUGGGAAUCUCCUUGGCGUGGCCGAGGGGUCAAAGUCCUCGACAGAUGGAUUGACAAAGUGUCCGCGGAGACAUUGAGAAGAAUGGGCAUGGACAAACUGUUAUCGGACACCUUGAUACACACCCUAUCCAUACAUCCCGAUCAACCUCUGUCCGGCGUGUUGGAGACCGCACUGAAACUUAUCAACAGAACGACAAAAGGUCGAGAUAAGGUCAAAGCCGAGAGGAUCGAAGAGAUCAUGGACAAAGCAAUCAUCAAAGGUUGGAUAUACGCUCCAGCAGGUCAGAAAGGGAGAGCUAGCGUUAUACAUAUCGCCAAGCAGCUCGAAACAUUGUGUGAAGAGGUCGGGUCAGGGAUGGUCAGAUGGCUAAAGUCUAUCAUACCUCAUCUUGUCGAUCCCCUACAAUACACUCCGAGCGCUGCCGUGGUAGAGCACUACGCCUCCAAUCUCCGGGCAUUGCUAUGCGUCAUGAGGACGUGUAAAGAGACUGGAAGGAUACCACGAUGGAGAGGUCAAAUCAUAGACUUCAUUUGCAGGCUUUGGGUUCAGGUACAAGAACGGAGCGGUCUUGAUGAAGCCCUGACCCCACGAGAGAUACAAAAGCUCAGUAGCUUGAUCGUUGAGGUCUUUGGGGAGCUUAUUGAGCAACAUCCUGCGAUCAGGGAGAAAGAGCUACCAGCUCUCGUAAAUAUCAACAGCGGGAUUUUCGGACCUCUGGUCAAAGCAGUGGGCUAGAUUUUUC